AUGUCUCUGGAGGAGUCAAUCGUUAUAACCCCAGAGGACAGCAGGGAUCCGGUCCUCAAUGUGUCCACGUGGGAACAGCUCCAGUUCAACAUCUGGCUCCCCGGGAUCGGGAUCGCAGCCGUGUACGGGGUCAUCAUCAUCGUGGGUCUGGUGGGAAAUGUCACGUUAAUGAGGACGUGUCUGACAGUGAGGUCCAUGAGGACUGUGCCUAACUUGUUCCUGUCUAGUCUGGCUCUGGGGGACGUGCUGCUGCUGGUGACCUGCGCCCCGGUGGACGCGAGCCGCUACCUGGUGGACGAGUGGCUAUUCGGCCGCGUGGGAUGCAAACUGAUCCCGUUCAUCCAGCUCAGCUCGGUGGGAGUCUCCGUGUUCACCCUCACUGCUCUCUCCGCUGACCGGUACAGAGCGAUAGUGAGACCUCUGGACAGCCACAGGUCCAGCUCUAUGCUCAGUAUCUGUCUCCGAGUGGGGGCAAUCUGGCUGCUGUCUGUGACUCUGGCCGUUCCUGAGGCCGUCUUCUCGGACCUGCACACCUUCACCACCAGCCACACAAAUGAGACGUUUGUGACCUGCGCACCCUACCCCCACGCUGGGGAGCUGCACCCAAAAAUCCACUCCACCGCCUCCUUCCUCAUCUUCUACAUCGUGCCGCUCUUCAUCAUAUCUGUUUACUACUGCUUCAUCGCUCGCUGUCUGAUCAGGAGCUCUGUGGACAUCCCUGCUGAGGGACACCUGCACCUCCAGAAACAGAUCAAGUCCAGAAAGCGUCUGGCUAAAACUGUGCUGGUGUUUGUCGGCUUGUUUGCCGUCUGCUGGCUGCCCAGUCAUGUGAUCUACCUUUACCGCUCCUACCAUUACGACCAGGUUGACACCUCGCUGGGCCACUUCAUCGCCAGCGUGUGCGCUCGCAUUUUGGCCUUCACCAACUCCUGCAUGAACCCGUUCGCCCUGUACGUGAUGAGCAAAAGCUUCAGGAAACACUUCAACGAGCAGCUCAUGUGCUGCUAUUCUCCCAAACGCAUGCACAGUCAGAACAGCAGGAGCACAAAUAUAACCUCCGUCUGA